AAUGUUAAAGCCAUACCCGAGGAAAGGACAACUUUUGUACGCGAAAGCAUUCAGUAUGGUAUUUGUUUUUUCUGUGCCGCUACUGGUAUUACGACAAGUAGUGAUGAUUCAUGCUCUAAGUGGUACCAUACUAGUUGUAAUGGAGGUGAUGUCGAAUAUUUUGGUGAAAAAACAAGAUUUUGCUGCUGUGAAGCACACACAAAAGAAGAAAGUUUUGAGUAUGUUUUAGUUAGCAAAUGGUAUAGAUAUUUGACUCAUAAAACAUGUUAUACAGAGUAGUCUCUUGUAUGAGGGGGAAGAGGAGAAGCAUUCUUUUUAUGAAUGACAUCAUGACUCUCUGGCCUAACAGAGGGAUAUCUGACGCUGUUAUAGACUUCUUUGUUCGGAUUUUGCUACCUAAGAACGCCCCAGAUAUGGUAGCUAGCGCACUCAGCUACACCGCAGUAGUGGAUUCAUUAAAGCAGGAGUCUAGUGAGCUGAAAAAGAAGUUUAUCAACACUAAUGGGCCAAUGGAUUUCACUUCUGAGCACCCACUACUUUUCCCCUGUUGCAUCCGUUGUGAGGCAGUUGCAGCUCUUAACACCCUGCUGCAGUGCUGGGUACCAAAUAUUUCACUGAAACCAGUUGCAUAUGAAGUUCCAAUGCAGACAUCUGGAGUCGAUUGUGGGAUUCAUGUUAUGCACCACAUUCGAACCAUUGUAAAGGUGUGA